GAAUAAAGUGAUUGUAGAACAAUAAACAAGUCUAACGAGUUUCCGAAGCCAACAGGCCUUGUGAGCAUAUGUGAAAAGUCCAUUAGCCAUGAUCGGAACAUUACAAGCGAGAUAUCAGAAUCAAACUCAAGAGUGUGGAAUAAUGCGUGGACUCACACUAACAUGAAUUAUGAUUUUGGACGCAAAGACGUUUAGAAAGGAUGCUUCGUAACAUCAUGAUUUGUGAUAUAUGUUAAAAGACUUAACAUAAUUAAUUUGGCUAUCAAAAAAUAAUUUGUGAUAUCGCGCGAGUGAUAUCAAUAUACCAAAAAAUGUAACGUAAUUAUUGUAAACAAAUUUAAUUGGCUUCCAAGAACGAACAUUAUAUAUACAAAACUAAAAUGUCUAAGAACGAACAUUAUAUAUAGUUAGAUGUAUAAUUUCUUCGGAUCAACGCUCAUUUCUUGGAUUGUCAGUAAAUUAUCAGCCAGUUGCCAAGUCAAUGAGUUGGAUCCUGACCAGUACUGAUCCUGACUACAUUAUAAAAAUAAAUACUGAUCGAAACUACCUGCCACAGAUCUAAUAAAAUCAAUAUCAUAUUUGUUAUUUUUAGAAAAACAAGAAAAAUAAUAUCAUAUGAUAAUGCGAUAUCUAGUUGGGAUAUGAAUAUGGUACCAUGUCUUCAUCCGGCACCGUACUGUCUAUGCCACGUUUCAUCUUAAACAAGGCAUUGAUGCCAUCGAUGGCGUUGGAAACCAGUUUUGUUUAUUUUCUACAUGGAAUGAGUAUACGUUUAUAUAUUAUUUUGUAACAUAAAUAUGUUUUAUUUGUCAAAUAUUCCCUAAAAGAUACAAGUCAUAUGGUCGAUUGAGACGCAGAGUUUAACAUUAUGAGAACACAAAAUAUGCAUAACAAUUUAUCUGAACACAUAACGUCAAAAUAUCCUAUUGAAUAAAGCAUUUGGUUUGGUUAUACCAGUGUUCGUUUCGUUUAUCUCAAAAAGUUAGUUCAUUGUUAAUAUUGAUAAUGAUAGGAUGGACGGCUGAUGAUUGUCACAAGUCACAAUCGAUGAAUCAUCCUCUAUUUUUCAACAAUGAAAUGAAUUCUGAUAACGAUUACGACAUCUUGAUUCAUGUCUUAUAAACAGUUUCUGACCCGGUCUCCUAUUGCAAAUAUUUGAUUAUUAGCUGUUGUAAUUCUUAUUUAAAAUCGUUGAGUUUUUUUUUUGGUUUGUUAAUUAGUUAGUAAUAUUGACAUGCCGAUUGUGUGAAAAGCUACUAACUUUUGGUUAAUAUGAUGGAAAACUAUGGCAAAUCUUGUUCAUAGAAUCUGUAAAAACUAAAAACGAGACAACCUUAUGUACUUCUGAAUCCAGAAGUGAUUAAAGAAAAUUUAAUACUCCCUCUGUUUUUAAAAGAUGCAUAUUCUAGAUUUUUCACAUAUAUUAAGAAAACUCAUUAAAUAUGCAUUGUUUUUUGUGAAUAACAAUUUUCCAUAACUUUGCCAAUAGAAAUUUAAUAAACACCAUUAAUUUUUUUGAAACUCACAAUUUUUCAUAAAAUUUAGGAACAGGAAGUAUAACUAAAAGUUAAUGGUCAGAACAAAUAGGAAACUAUAAUAAAUGAUAAAAGAAAUGGAAUUAAAUUUAUGAUUAGGUAGCACCAUAAAUAAACGACUAUGACUAAAAGUCAUGCAUGGAUCUAAUCGUAUCACUUAGUAUUUAAUAAUGCUAGAACUAUCAAGGACGAUAGAAUUGAUUACUUAUUUGUACCAAAAACAAAGGAAGAAUAAGAAUUACUUCUAAUAGUGUGUGUGUGUAUACAAUGGGGAUAAAAUAUUUGAAUUUUUCUAAUAAUGUUUCAAAAAUGAUCAAUGUUUUAGAAAAAAAUUAUUUCAAAAUAUACACUUUUAUUAAAAAUAAGGAUAAAUUUUAAACUUCAAAAAAAUUAAUUAUGUUUAUUAAAUUUUGAUUGGUUAAAAAUCAUGGGAAAUGGUUAAUCACAAAAAUAAUCAAUUCAUAUUCAAAAUUUAAAAUAUUUUACUAAUGUGUAAAAACUCAAAAAUAUACAUCUUUUUAAAAGGGAAAAGUAUUUUUUUAUCUUUGGUUCCAUACAUAUAGAAGUAUUUAUUAAUGUAUUUUAUAAUCCCACCAGUUAAUUAAAUACUAAUGUUUGGGAACACGACAAAAGAGCUCGAGUUAAUAAAUUGCUUUGGUUAAUAGGAGUUGGAUCCUAACAACUCUAGAAGCAUAGAUCUAAAACUAUCCUUGUGCAGAUUUAUUGUGCACAUAUAUAAACAUGGAAUGGGUCACCAUCCACAUGCAUGGGUAAGUCUAUGAAGUGUGAGUUAUAUAUGUAAGGAUAUGUACAACUCAUUGUUGCAAAAAAGAAGAAGAAUGUGUUCAAUCUAAGAACGUGCGUAGAUGGGAAGAUAGUAUGCAGCUCGUGUUACAUAUAACGUGAUUAGUUAUUAGUUAGCGAGGUAUCGUUUAGGUUGCGAGAGGCUGCUAACUUUAUAUUUUAGAACAAGAAGAUAAUUACACUUUAUAAUAGGUUACCUAUUCAGAAACCUUGCAUUGGACACAUAAAUAUUGGAUGUGUAUGUAGAUAGCUAGGUACUCCAUUUAUGGAUGUUUUGUUCUUCAUUAAAUAUGUAGCCAACUCAAUAAGUCCUAUUACUUUACAAACGACCAAAAUGUCAUUCAAUGAUCCAAACUGUUAACGUUAUCCAAGCUUUAACACAGUACAGUUUGACAUUCUUCUCUCAGUUCCCAUUCUUUUAUGUAACUGAACUUUAAAGCUAAAAACAUUUUUCGAGUUAUCAAUCACAUCUUUUCUUUAGCAGAUAUUAUAUAGUAAAAUUUGAGAAUGUAAUGUUUGUAGUUGAUUUUUAGCAGCUUUUUAAAGAGUUUGGAAAUUUUAGUUUUGAAACUUUAUAUGAUAUGAGUAAUUUGGAUGAUUACAUUCCUUCCACAAGUUUAGUUUGGUCCAAGUCUCUUUUUGUAAUAUUCUAUGAUCAGAAGGGUGAUAUUGUCUUUUCACUUAGGUGUGUAAUGAAAUUGAAAGAAGGAAUGGCUUGCAGUGUUGGCAAUGUCUUUGUCUCUCUUUCAUUCACUCUCUUCCUUUUUACACCAAAGAACUUUUGUAACCUCCAAAACGUUCCCUCUCUAUUUUCGGCGGUUAAGCUGCCUCUAUCUCACCUACCAGAAGAAGAAACCCAGAAACUAACCACAGAGUUUGAACCUUUACCUCUUCUCCUCCAUACCCUUUUGGUCACAAACACUUUGUGGAACAGAGCAAAUGCCGCUUGUCAGGGUCGAAGUGAGGAACGUUUACGGUUUAGGUAAAACAGAGCUUCACAGAGACGUCGACCGUGAAGACCCUAAAGCUGUUCUCAAUGGCGUCGCCGUUUCUGGACUGGUUGGGAUCUUGCGUCAACUUGGUGAUCUCACCGAGUUUGCAACAGAGAUCUUCCAUGGGAUACAAGAGGAAGUUAUUCUUACAUCUUCAAGAAGCAAUAAACUGAAGAUGAGACUGAAACAGAUAGAAACUACUGUUCCUUCAAUCCAGAAGGCAGUGCUUGAACAACCAAACCACAUACAAUUUGCUUACACUGGAGGUCUUGAGUGGCAUCCUCGUAUACCAAAUGUGCAAGAUUACUUUGUUUAUGACGACUUGCCACAGUUUAUCAUGGCUCCAUAUGAUGAUUGCCGUGAUCCUCCACGGUUGCAAUUGCUAGACAAGUUUGAUAUAAAUGGUCCAGGGUCUUGUCUCAAACGAUACACUGAUCCUACUCAUUUUAAAAGAUCAUCAAGAGCUUCUAAACAUCCAGUGAUUAAGAAGAAGAAAUCUUUGCCUAGGAGCCGAGAUGUAUCGCGUGUUGCCUCAAUGGCUAACCAAAGUGACAGGAAGACGUUGACUUCUUUAAGCUUCAGUGGAAGAACCUCUUCCUCUAAAACUGCAUCAACUGUGGAAACUGAGUCCAAAUCCGACUUGCAAGAUCAUCGUUCUUGCUCUUUUGAUUCGAGAAGUGGUGGAGAGAAACUGAAAGGUGUAUAUACACCUUCAAGGUUUACACCAGGUCCUCGGACCAUUGCUUCAGUUCUGUCUGAAAGUGAGAGUGAAAGUGAAGAUGCUACUGAUGAUAGUCCUUCUCAAGAUCUAACACCUCGUGGCUCUUCUUGUGUUAGUUGGCGCGAGAAAGCUGAGAUAGUGGAAGCUGAUACUCUAAAACUUGAAACAGAUGAAGCUCCUGAAGUAAUGGAGACUAAUGCUGAACUGGAAUCAGGACUAAAAGAACAUAGAGUGGUUGAAACUGUACAAGAUAUCACACCAAGGGUAGUGGAAAUGGACAGUGAAGAUGAAACUGAAAGCGAAGAAGAUGAUUUUGUUGACGCGCUUUACACCAUUGAUUCGGAAUCUGACAAUGACCAAGAGGUUCAGAAGCAAAUCUCCAAUGAGAUUACAGAAGAAGAGUUUGAUAACUAUGUGUGUGAGAAAGAAACAGAGAAUGUUUCGAACAGCUUUGGUCUAGAAGAUGAGGCAAUGUGUGCUGCUGCAUCAGAGCUACAUUUAUCCUCACCAGUUAGUAAACCUGAUGAGAUGAUUCAUCAAGAUCCAUGGGAGGAUUUAGAUAUGAGCAAUGGUACUACUCAUAGUUAUUCCAAUGGCUUCUCAAAUCCAUUGUAUGAUACUAAUGGUGUUCAAGAACAUCAAGAAUCAGAAGAUGAGAGUUCUUGUGACAACGAAGAAGGGACUCAGUUAUGGACUAAUGGAAAUCUUUUGGGACUGAAGCCAUCGAAGCCGGAGAUUGAAGAGGAAACCAUCAAAGAGACUGAUGCUGAAGCCUUGCAAGAGCAGCCCUUGAGAGAAGCUCACAAGGCUGAUUUUGACUGGUUUACUUCAUCUCCUCAACUUGAUCACAUGAAAAUAUCUUUCACUCCCUCAGAAACCUUGCCGAGUUCCGAACUGAAGCUGAAACUUCCAGAUGAAUACACGUUUUCUUCCUUUCAGUUGGUGCCAGAGACUGGUGGUGGUACUUCACUUCCUGAUUCUGAUUCAGACAAGGACACUUUCUGUAGAACCUCUUCUUACGUUUCAGAUAACAGUGACAAUCAAUCUGUGUCAAUCUCUGAGCAGCAGUCGGAUGAUGAAAGAAAGAGCCAACAAGAGCUUUAUGAUGAUUCUUUCCACAGAAUCAAUACUGAAGCUUCUUCUCUCUCAGCUCCCUCUUCACAGUUUGAAACAUCAAAUGGUUAUUUAGCUGGAAAGAUCUCUUACCUCCAGAAUCCAGCUGAGCCUUUACCGCCACCUCUCCCUCCGUUACAGUGGAUGGUUUCAAAGGUACCAUCGGGUAGAUUCGAGGAUAACAACAAGCAGUCUUUUAAAGACACUCUCACACGCGCAUUGGAGCAGAGAAGUUCUUUAUCUACAGUCAAGAAAGAAGAAUCAAACAAUGUCACUGCUUAUGAUCCUAAGCCAGAUAACAACAAGCAGUCUUUUAAGGAGACUCUCACACGCGCAUUGGAGCAGAGAAGUUAUUUAUCUACGGUCAAGAAAGAAGAACCAAACAAUAUCAUUACUUAUGAUCCUAAACCAGAUAACAACAAGCAGUCUUUUAAGGACACUCUCACACGCGCAUUGGAGCAGAGGAGUUCUUUAUCUAUGAUCAAGAAAGAAGAAUCAAACAGUGUCAUUGCCUAUGAUACUAAACCAGAGAACAAUGUGAGGGAUUAUAAGCAAAGUCAUGGCAAUGUAAAAGAGACAGAAGCUGGAGACUUCUUGCAUCAAAUCCGAACGAAACAAUUUACCUUGAGACGUGUGGUCACUACAAAGGCAUCAUCAUCAGAAGCUACGAUGAACACCAACUUCAGUGUGAUUCUAGAGAAGGCAAACUCCAUCCGACAGGCUGUUGCAAACGACGAUGGAGAUGGCGAAAGCGAUACAUGGAGCGAUAGCGACACCUGAGAACUAGUGCAGUUCACUAAUACAACACAUUCAUUCGGUUCCUUGUGUGUUUAUUGCUUAGUAGAUAGCCGAUUUUGUCCAACGUUAAUCUAUCUGUAUGAUCUUCAACUUAAACUUAGGUUCUUUAACAAUAAUCGUCAUAACUAUAGCACAGAAUAAAACUUUAUUUUCGAUGCCA